AUGGCGUCGGGCCAGCGAGCCUUCGCCCAGAAGCUGUCAAAACACCAUGCAGCGGAUGUGCGGAGGACCGUCAGCUCGGUCACUACGGGGAAGGAGCCGCCGCGAUCCACCAGCGUAUCUACUCUCUCGGCUGUCAGUCUGAAUGACACACUACAGGAGAAUGUGGAGCCGUCUGACUAUGAGGAUUUCCUGGACCAGCACCAGUUGGAGGCAGACCGCGACCCACACAGCAAGAUUCUUUACUUCCCCAGCGACGACAUAGAGGUCUCGCUCAUCCCUCGCCAGACCCGCACCAUCCACCCCAUUGUGCCGGAGGAAGGUGAUGGCUAUGAUGCUCACGUUGCUGACUGUGUGCGCUGCUACACGAGGGACUGGCUCCACAUCAGCCGCCAGUACAUCCACCACUCCACCUCUGUGCCGGCCCACAACCAGCUGGUGGCACAACACCUCGCUGAGCUCCAGGCCUCCCAUCCACCUGAGUUUGAAGUGGACCUGGAAGAUGACAGAGGGCACAGUGGUGGUGAUAGGCACGACCCAGGGGGCAGCCGCCACUCCUCACACCUCUCUGACACCCCUCGGGGAAGCUGGGCAAGCUCAGUGUUUGACUUGAGGAACUCUGUGGCUGACCCACUGCUGCCAUCCCUGCUCACCCGAAUACCCCUUGACACAGUAGACACCAACAACCAGCAGGCACGGCAGGAGAACAGGCAGGACUCCCUCUUCGUGCUGUACCCACCCCAAGAUGAGGAGGACAUGAUAGAGCGGCGGUCCUACCCAGAAGUCCCGCUGCCUCACCAGGCCCACCGCAUACAGGUGAAGUGCAUCAAUCUACGUCUGGAGCUGGAGAUUGAGCCCAUCUUUGCCACCAGCCUCUACAACCUGAGGGACAAGAAGAAGGUCUCAGAGAAUUUCUGUUUCGACAUGAACCCGGAGCCGCUGAAGAGAAUGCUGACCUCACACAUUCCCUAUCAGGACAUCUCUACCCUGAGCCGUACCUGCAUCUUCGACAUCACUUAUCCCUCCAGUGACCUGUUCCUGGUGGUGCGCUUGGAGAAGGUGCUGCAGGGGGACAUCAGUGACGUGGUGGGGCCCUACAUGAAGGAUGAUGCCAAUCGUGAGAAGCUCAAGUCAGCAGCUGUCGCGUGCUGUGAACGUCUGGGGAAGAUCCGAAUGCCUCUUGCCUGGACUGCCAUCAACCUCAUGAACAUCUUUAAUGGCGUGCACAGUGACAGGGAAAAUGCACCUGAGCGUGAACCUUCUGGCUCUAAUAGUCUAGAUCGCAAGCAGAGUUCAUCCAGCUAUGAUGAACUGAAGAGGAAGAGUGGGUCUGGCUCUCUCACGCGGCGUGGCUCCCUGGAACGGCGCAGCUUUAGUGAGAAGCGGCGCAGCUGGUCACCGGAGGAGUUUGGGGCAUGUUUGGACUCCUUCCGCCCUGUUACUCUCACUGUCUCCUCCUUCUUCAAGCAGGAAGGGGACAAGCUGAGGGAUGAAGACCUGUACAAAUUCCUGGCAGAUCUGAAACGUCCCUCUAACCAGCUGAAGAAGAAGUGCCUGCCAGGCCUCCUCAAGCUGGACAUCUCCCCCGUCCGUGACCAACCCAAGUACUGCCUCACCUCAGAACUCGUCAAGCUGCAUCCCUACCCAGAUGACACUGAGGAGCAGGAGGACAAGGACUAUGAAAAGUGCCGGCCAAUUAAGGAGAUUGUGGAGUUCCCUCCCCGAGACAUCCUGGUGCCCCAUUACUUCUACAGAAACUUGCUCUACAUAUCCCCUAAGGAUCUCAACUUCAACAACAGACCAGGAUCAGCACGUAACAUUGCUGUCAAGAUCCAGUUCAUGGCUGGGGAGGAGGAACAUGCAGCCCUUCCUGUAAUUUUUGGCAAGUCAUCCUGCCCUGAGUUCACAUCUGAGGCAUACACUGCUGUCACCUACCACAACAAGUCCCCUGAUUUCUAUGAUGAAUUCAAGGUGAAGCUUCCAGCAGUGCUUGGAGACCAGCAUCACAUCCUGUUCACUUUCUACCACAUAUCCUGCCAGAAGAAGAAUGAAGAGAAGACCAUUGAGACGCCUGUGGGAUACACUUGGCUCCCAGUGUACCGGGAUGGCAGCCUGCAGACUGGGGAACACAGCCUGCCAGUCAUGAUGGAGCGGCCGCCCAGCAAUUACCCGUACAUAACCGCCAACAUCCAGCUGCCCGGCACCAAGUGGGUCGACAACCACAAGGGUCUCUUUACUGUCUGCAUGGAGGCCAUUUCAUCAGUUCAUGCCCAGGACAAACAAAUUGACUGCUUCUUCAACUUAUGCAAAAUGGUGGAGGAGGGAAACAUCCCAGCACGCAUUGGAGAAGCCAACAUGGAGGGGGAGCUGAAGAAGGCGAUGGCCGACCUGUUGAACUGCAAUGCUGAACCACUAGUGCGUUUCCUGCCAGUGCUUCUUGACCGCCUAAUCUCCCUACUAGUGUGGCCGCCAACCCUUGCCGGCCAGCUCGUCAACAUUGCCCAGGCGUGCUUUGAGACAAUUGGCACCAUUGUCAACCGUGUGUCGGGUCUGUUGGAAGACAAGAAUGACCAGCAUGGACGAAACAGCAUCCUCUUGUCCUAUGUGGCUUUCCAGUCCACUCUGCCUCAUCCUGAUGACAGCCCUCCCACUCCUGUUGGUCCACAGCAUCCCCACCACCCACCUCCACCAAGCUCGGUCCCCACCCACCGCAAGUACUCCAGGAGCAGCAGCAAUCCUGACCUGGGGCUUGAUGUAGAUGCAGAGAUUGGUGGCAUCUUUGCACGUGGCUUGGACAGGACCAACUCAAUGAGGACAGAUAAUGAUGAAGAGCAGUUGAUAAUGAGAGGCAGCAACUAUGAGAACCUCAUUACUCUGCAACGCUCUAGUGGGAGGAAGCUGACACAUGAAGAGGUAGCACUGCAGUGGGUGGUGUCCAAUGGCAAAGGAAGGGACAUGGCUCUUGCUAACUCUUGGUUCUUCUUUGAGCUGAUGAUCAAGUCCAUGAUAGAACACUUGGCCAGGACAGGGAGUUUGGACUCUCACCGUAAGAUGAGGUUCUCUCAUCAGUUCUGUGAUGAUAUUCAGAAUCUCACGUCCUCCAUUACUAAUGAUAUCAUUGCCCACAACACCAAGGAUGUUAAGGACACUCGGUUUGUGCAGAACAUCAAUAGCAGCCUAGCAUUCUUCCUGAUGGACCUCCUCUCUGUGAUGGACCGUGGCUUUGUCUUCAUGCUCAUACACAAUUACUGCAAGCAGAUGAAUGGCAAGAUUGUGCUCCUACCUGAUGCUGCACCACUCAUCAACCUCAAGCUGGACUUUGUGCGCAUUGUCUGCUGCCAUGAGCAUUUUGUGGCACUCAACCUACCCUUCUGUACUCCCCUGUCAGCCAUCUCUGCCCCCUCAUCCCCUUGCCCCUCAAUUGGCUCCACCACCAGCCAGUCAUCAUUCAUCUCUACAGUAUUUGGUGGGGACCGCAGUGCCUUCAUGGUGCUCUCUAGUUCCUUCCGCAGGCAGCACUUCUUGGUUGGGCUGGUGCUCUCAGACCUCUCCACUGCCCUCGAGAUCAACAACCCCACCAUUCAUGGCCGUGCCGUCAACACCAUCCGUAACCUGCUGGGCAGCCACGACACUGACGAACGUUAUGCAGAUCCAGAAAUCAAGGCACGGGUGGUGGCACUCUACCUUCCUCUCAUCAGCAUUGUGGUGGAUGCUCUCCCUCAGCUCCACACCUUCAUCACCUCCAAGUUUCGAAACCCAUUGUCAUCAGUGGUGGAUGACAGUGAGGGUGGUCCAACCCACAUCCACCAGAAUGUUGCCCUGGCCAUUGCUGGGUCGUCCAUGUUUGCCAACAAGGAGAGUGACUAUGAUGUGAUACAUGGGACAACUGAAGAGGAGAUGGAGAAUCAGCAACAGCCCCGCAAGUGUCCUCUGAGCUCUGAAACAACCCGCAAUCUGCUCAUUUGCCUGCUGUGGGUCCUGCGUAAUGCCGAUGAGACCAGCCUGCGCCACACACUGUCCGAGCUGCCACACAACCGCCUCCACCAGUUGCUGGAUGUGUUCUACAUUGCUGUGUCGUGCUUUGAGUACAAGGGGAAGAAAGUAUCUCAGCGAGGCGGUGGCGGUGGUAGCAUGCGCAACAAGGAAGUGAUGAAAAGCCGGCUGGAGGAAGCCAUCAUGGGCCAGAAUUCAGCCCGCUCUGAGAUGAUGCUUCGACGGCGAGGUAACACCCUUCCCAGCUCCCCCCAUGUUGUUGGCCACUCACAGUUCUACAUCCAGGGUGCAGCAGAACGCAACCCCCCAUCCCCAUCAGGUGGCGGAGAGAAGCUGCGGUGGCGCAAGGAAUCAUUCCCGUGGCGUCACCACCCCCAGGACACAGACCGCUCUCCACAGCACGAGCUGGAGCAGGAGUCCCAGGUGGAGGACCACUUGGCAGCCGAAUCUAACAUGGUCAUCCUAGAUACCCUUGAAAACAUUGUCCAGGUGCUUACCACAGCUGACCACCUGCAAGGGUUGUUGUCUGUAGUCUUCAGAGUGCUGCUUCAUGCUCUGGCCUCUAACCAGUCCACCACCACACUCACCAACAUGUUCAACACCCAACGUGCACUAGUAGCCAAGUUCCCAAGUCUGCUGUUUGAUGAAGAGACAGAGCAGUGUGCUGACCUGUGCCUGCAGCUGCUGAAACAUUGCUCUUCCUGCAUUUGUACAGUGAGGUCUCAUGCAGCAGCUUCCCUCUAUCUUCUCAUGCGGCACAACUUUGAAAUAGGAAAUAAUUUUGCAAGAGUGAAGAUGCAAGUGACAAUGUCUCUCAGCUCCCUGGUGGGAACCUCCCAGACCUUCAAUGAAGCGUACCUUCGCCGUUCCCUCAAGACCAUCCUCACCUAUGCAGAGGAAGACACAGACCUUCAGGACACUUCCUUCCCUGAACAGGUGCGGGAUCUGGUCUUCAACUUGCACAUGAUCCUGUCCGACACAGUGAAGAUGAAGGAAUACCAGGAGGAUCCAGAGAUGUUGCUGGACCUCAUGUACAGGAUAGCACGAGGCUACCAGAACUCCCCAGACUUACGCCUCACCUGGUUAGCAAACAUGGCUCAGAAACACAGUGAGAGGGCACAGCAUGCAGAGGCUGCUAUGUGUCUGGUGCACAGUGCAGCUCUUGUGUCUGAGUACCUGUAUAUGCUGGAGGAUUGUCCACACCUACCCAUUGGAGCUGUCACUUUCAGCAAGCUCUCCCCAAAUGUGUUAGAGGAAAGUGCUGUUUCAGAUGAUGUGCUGAGUCCUGAUGAAGAAGGAAUAUGUACUGGGAAAUACUUCACAGAGAAUGGCCUGGUGGGACUCCUGGAGCAGGCUAGCUCUUCCUUACAACAAGCUGGUAUGUACGAAUGUCUUAAUGAAGUGUACAAGAUCCUAACGCCCAUUGCUGAGAAGAACAGAGACUGGAAGAAGCUUAUUAACAUUCACUCCAAGCUGCAAGAUGCCUUCAGUAAGAUUGAUGCUCUAGAGGGACGCAGAAUAUUUGGUACUUACUUCCGUGUAGGCUUCUAUGGCUCCAAGUUUGGUGACCUGGAUGGCGAGGAAUUCAUCUACAAGGAACCCAUGCUGACUAAGCUCCCAGAAAUCUCCCACAGAUUGGAGGGCUUUUAUUCUGAUCGCUUUGGUGCUGAGAAUGUGGUGAUCAUCAAGGACAGCAACACUGUGGACAAUACCAAGCUCAGUGCUGACAAGGCCUGCAUUCAGAUCACCUAUGUGGAGCCUUACUUUGAUGAAUAUGAGUACAAGGACCGUGUUACCUCCUUUGAGAAGAACUACAACAUAAAGAGGUUUAUCUUCUCAACACCCUUCACGCCUGAUGGCCGGGCUCACGGGGAGCUGAAUGAGCAGUACAAGCGCAAGACUGUCCUCACCACCAUGCACAUGUUUCCUUAUGUCAAAACUCGCAUCCAGGUGGCAGACAGGAUGUCGUGGGUGCUGACUCCCAUAGAAGUGGCGAUUGAAGAUAUCCAGAAAAGAACCAGAGAGUUGUCCUCUGCUAUCAACCAAGACCCACCAGAUCACAAAAUACUUCAAAUGGUUCUUCAGGGCUGCAUUGGCACAACGGUCAAUCAGGGCCCGAUGGAGGUGGCUCACAUCUUCCUUUCAGACCUAGUGGAGAGCCGCAAGCCUCCAUCCCGACUACAAAACAAGCUCAGAUUAUGCUUCAAAGACUUCUCUAAAAAGUGCUAUGAUGCCCUACGGAAGAACAAGACUCUGAUUGGCCAGGAUAUGCGGGAAUAUCAUCGAGAACUUGAGCGGAACUAUAAUAGGUUUACAGAAGGCCUGGCACCUAUGAUCACCAUAAACCAUCUAACUCGGCCUUCCAGCACUGUGUCUUCGUGCUCCACACUGCGUGUGCCAACAGGAGUGACGUCUUGGCGUCACUCUACUGGGAGCACAAGCUCGGGGGAGACCCUGGUGUCGGGAGGCUCAGCCGACUCUGACACAGGGCCCGCCUCAGGAACGGAGUGCUAGAGGGCCACAGGUUUUAGUGCUGCUGUAGUCAGGUUAUUCACACAGUUGCAGUGAUUAACAGACAGGACUGCCAAACCGCUCCUCUGGUGUGUGUUUGUCCACGACCAUUUCGUCCAGCCUCUCACCCAACAGUCCACUUUCUGAGGAACUUGAAGCAUCGAUCCACAACGCUCCAUGAAAAUUAAUUCAAUCAUGAUGCCGUCAUCCUUGCCAGUCCCCGUUAGACAAAUAUAUGCCUACUUAUAAGUAUCAUAAAAUUUCCACACCACUGAAGGAUUGGCUCAUUAUACACUAGAAAAAUACAUGUAUCCAUAGUAUCCUAAAGAAGAACAUGGAUCUAACCACUCCAUUGAAUCCUAAAAGUUUUGAUUCCUGCAUUGAAGGGUUGGAAGAAAACUUCCAACUUAUAUUUUCCUUUCUCUCCCACAAUACAGAUACUUUUUAGAUUUACAAGUGCCAUGUAAUUGAUAUAUAUAUAUAUAUAUAUAUAUAUAUAUAUAUAUAUAUAUAUAUAUAUAUA